AUGUUCAGAGUAGCCAUAUCAUCAGCAAGAGCAUUUAGCAAGGUGAGAUGGUCGAGGUGUAUUCAAACCCAAACCCACACUCAGACAGAGUCGUCAAUGGGGAUGGCCAUGGGUAUGAUGGGAGGGAAGAAAGAGAGAGAAGAGGGUGAUAUCAGUUCAGUCUUCGCUUCGUUAUCUGGAGAAGCACCUAAACCACUUCCCGCCAGAUUCGGCGAGCUAAAAGAGAAGAUCAUCGGGGAUGAAGCGAAUCAAAGAGCUCUGGUAGAGGGUUGGAGUAGGUUGACUAAGAGGUUGAGUGAGGUUGCUGAAGAAGCAGACAGGAAGAAACAGGAAUGCAUACCCCAAGUCACAUAUGAAGAAUUUACCAAAACCCCGUCUUCUAAUACCAUUGAAGCAGUAAAGAGAUCUGGUUCAUUGGUGGUCAAAAAUGUCAUUGAGCGAGAGACUGCUGAAGGAUGGUUGAAGGAUGUUGAGAAGUAUAUCAAGGAUAAUCCAUCUGUUAAAGGAUUUCCGAAAGACGAUAAACAAGUGUUCGAAUUAUACUGGUCCAAAACCCAACUCAUCGCUCGUUCUCAUCCUCGUUCAUUCCAAGUCCAAAAAUCCCUCUUAAAACUAUUCUCGGCCGACGAAGGAGAUAGCGAAGUAUCUCUGCAUGUCCCAUUGAGCUAUGCAGAUAGACUGCGUAUUCGACAUCCAGGAGAUUCCCAAUUCAGUCUCGGACCGCAUUCGGAUGGAGGUAGCGUGGAGAGAUGGGAAGAUGAGACGUACCGAGGUGUUUAUAAGGAUAUAUUGACUGGGAAAUGGGAGAAGUUCGAUCCUUGGACUAUAGGUGGGAGAGUGAGAGCAAAUCAGAAUAUGUAUGAUGGACCUGGUUCUUGUGGUGUAUUUAGGGCUUUCCAAGGUUGGACCUCUCUAUCUUCUACUGGUCCCAACGAAGGUACUUUGAGGGUAUAUCCAUUCGUCAAGGAAUUAUCCGCCUACGUCUUACUGAGGCCUCUAUUCAGAGAAAAACAAUCCCGUGCGACUGUCACUCAUGACCAAUACUUGUCUCCUUCAAAUUGGGAGCUCGACGUGAAACCCACUUCCACGACAUUCCCCGGAUCACCAUUAGCAAGAUGCCAAGAGUAUAGCGAUAUCACUCAUCCGCAUCUCCAGCUGGAGAGAAGUAUGGUCAGUAUGCCAAGGGUGGAACCGGGCGAUCAAGCAUGGUGGCAUUGUGACACGAUUCACGCAGUUGAGGCCACCCAUAAUGGACUAGGACCCUCGGCAGUCCUGUAUAUACCUACUGUACCGCUCACUCUCCAGAAUAUACGAUACAUCAAGGAUCAACGGGAGAAUUUUAUCAGUGGUAGACCUGGUCCUGACUUCCCUGGUGGAGUGGGAGAGAGCGAUUUCAUAGGGAGAGGGAUGGAGACGGAUAUUAUUGGGGAAGAGGGUAGACACGCUAUGGGUCUGGAGGCUUUCAGAUUGGACGGGGACAUGAGUGAAGGGGAGAGGAUGUUGAGGAGUAAAGCCAAUGAAAUCUUGGGAUUGUGA